AAAGGCGAGUGAGAACGAAUGAUAGCGAAUGACGUAUAGCGGCGACUCUGCGGGGGGAGAAAAAGAAAGAGCGAGAGAGAGAGAGAGAGAGCAAAGAGCUCGUGCCGAAGUCCCAGUGAGCCUCAACGGGUCUCUAAUAUCCACACGGGUGAAAAGAUCGUCCAAGUCGACUUCGUAUAAUCUCGCAUUUAACGGAAACUCGAGGCGCCCGAAACAAAUCGAUUCUAGUCCCUUUUUUUUCUUCGUUUGUCCCAUUUUCAUCGUGAGUUCGUGAAAUUUUUCUCGAGUGUCGUGUAUUUUAGUGUACGUGUGUUUAUUGUGCGAAGUUUGAGAAACAAAGAGGCUGAGUUUCAAGUCCACUCACAACGAGAACAGUGGAAUAAGAAAAAAAACACGAUUUUGGUCAGACACAGUAACGAAAGAGAGAGCGAGAGAAAGAGAGAUACAUACAGAUAGAGAAGAAAAUAAAGGUUCGCAAAGACCUUCGGGAGUAUACGAAGAAGCCGAGAUGGAGAGCCAGGCCGCUUUCGUACUCGUCGCUUUUCUAUAUUUAGCGAGCCCCCUUGCCACCGUCCAGGCAGUGCGUUACACGGGACCAACAAGCGUUAAUGAGGGCCAACCAUGGACCAUCGAAUGCACCGGUCACAAACUAGGUGAAAAAUUCAACUGGACAAGAAACGGUGUACGCCUCGAAGUAUCGAAUAGUGAACUAUCCGCACUUAGCAAACUAGACAAGGGACUGAGCCAACUCAUUACCGAACACGCCAUCGAUAUACACGAAGGAUACUACAAAUGCAUAUCCGGCGGCAACGAGUCGUUUCAUCUCACAGUUAAAAGCGUGACGAAAAUCAAAGUUCUUGUGCCCAAAAAAAGUCUCAUUCUCGAAUGCGAAAAUCGCACUGCCGCUGACAAGAGUGUUGAAUGGCAAAAAGAAGGAGUCGACGUUCGUACCGCUUUCGAUAGCAAAGAAGAUCUCGUUAAAGUUUUCGAGAACGGCAGCCUCGCUAUUCAUCACAAAGAGAACGAGGAAUCCAUAUUUGGCAAUUACACUUGCAACACGACCUCGUCCGGUAACGUCUCCGCUCGCUAUCGAGUUGUUCCGAAACCGAUCGCGACGCUCGGCGUAUCCGUGAGCGUUGUCGAGGGUGAGAAGCUCCAAGUAACAUGCAUCGGAAAACUAUUGCCUGGGGUCAAGAUAACCUGGACGUUUGCCGGUAAAACUUACAACACGAGUGAAGGUCGAGUGCAAUUGGUCCGCGAUGAAGAGAGAGGAAUAAACCGUGGUAAACUCGUUGUCGAUAAUAUCGAAAUGAGCGAUGAGGGUAAUGUGACAUGUGCCGCUGCUUACGAUUGGUCCGAUCCUGAAAUGGAUCAUCGAACAUCUGCGACCACUCUUCUCAGGGUCAAGGACAAGCUGGCCGCACUCUGGCCAUUUUUGGGAAUAUGCGCAGAGGUUGUCGUACUUUGCGCAAUUAUAUUGAUUUACGAGAAGAAACGUAACAAGGCUGAACUCGAGGAAUCCGACACCGAUCAGAGCCCUGAUACCAAGCCGACGCCCAACAAGGAUUCGGACGUAAGGCAACGAAAAUGAAUCCUCGAAGACGAUUAAAAAAAUAUUUCGAGGACGAAUUUCGACCUGCAGCGAUUACGAAGCAGCAUUAUAAAAUAAUUAUUGAACCUCUGAGACGGAGCUUGAUCGUUGCAUUAUAUUAAUCAUUGAAAAUGAAAACCGAAAAGAAAGUCAUUGUCACAAAACGCGGGGGUCAAAUUUGAUUUCCCAAACGAGAAUCAGUGGCGAACGAAAAAAAAAAAAACAAACAAACAAAACAAAUUAGAAGACAUUUUUGAUUACGUCGCUCAUCGCGUUCUCGAUCCCAUCCCCUCAAGAAUUCGCUUAUCCAAUAUUAUUCUAUAAAUCCUUCUCCGACGAUAAUUUACCGAGACAUCGUCCGACAGAAAUAUUAAAUAAUAAAAGAGAGAGAAAAAAAACACGCCUUCUCCUGUUACCCUAAGUCAACGAAUCACAGAUCGUCGUCGUGACAAAAAUUCAAACAAUAAACGGAUUAUAACUCGAAAACAUUGUUAGUGCAAAGUCAUUUUAGAUACGUUACGAAAGAGUGUGAAAUGCAUGGUAGAGGAAAGUUUAAAAGAAAAACAUGGAGAUAAGCGAAUACGAGAAAGAUCAAACGGAAAGAUUUCUCCAAACGAUCUAAACAGGGCCUUGCUUGUACAUCUAUCUUGUAAUUUCGACGAUCGUUUCCAGUUUUCAUCCACGAAAACGGAAGUAAAAACUUAUUGAGCCACUAGAAGCGUACCGUUAAACAUCUUUCGUCUCGAUCAUGGCUAUUUUUUUUCUACUCCCAUCGACGUCAUAUUAUGACGUUUAUGGUGAUGACCGAUGAUUCACGGCUAGAUAUGUUUUCAACGAAACGAAGAUCAAGCAAUGUAAUGAUGGCGUCAUCACCUAUGACUAUAAAAUAUUACCAUCACUAAUGCUGAUGUCAUUGUUACUACGAUAAUAGUUAUUAUUGUCAUGAUUAUUAUAAUUAUUAUUAAUAUUAUUAUUAUUACGUAUUGUUACGAAAGAACUAUUAUUAAUUAAUAUUAAGAAUUAAUCAUUUAUUAUUAUUAUUAUGAUUAUUAUUAUUAUUACGACUCGCGGUAUUAUUGUUAAGCCUACGAUAAAUAUUAUUGAUCACCAUUACGAUUACGGUUAUUACUCACGACGAAAAAAAAAAUAUAUAUAUUAUUAGCCAAUUUCGCGACGUUGGCCAGUCGGUUAUUGAAAAUUUCAAAUUACAAGUUAAUCAUAGCGUACCCUCGAACUUUCUCGUAUUAUAUUAAAAAUCAAACAAAUAAUAAUAAAAAUGUUUCAAAAAAAAAACAAACACAAAAUACUGUUUUAAAUAGUGUAAUAUUGUGCAUCGUGCUCCGAUUAAACUUCCACGCUGGACUUUGAUGAUUACCUGCACCCUGUGAGACCACGGAUAUUAUAGAGAGGUACGAUUCAUACGGAUUUGUAAUGAAUGUGUUUGAAUUACAAGAAACUAAAAUCAUUCGAUUUUGUGUUCAGCGUUUUUAGUGCCAUUAUUAUUGUUAUUAUUAUUAUUAUUAUUAUUAUUAUUAUUAUUAUUAUUAUUAUUAUUAUUAUAUUGUUAUUUUUAUUUUCUUUAUGAAAAAUUACUCAUUUUUUAAAUGUAUUUCAGUUUAUGAUUUGACAAAUUAAUCGCUGUUAAUAUUGUUUAGCAUAUCAGUGACACGUGAAUGUAAAAUAAAUCUGCCUUUGAUCCGUGUA